AUAGCCUUUCGUAAUUGUUUAGAUUUAAAAUUUCUUCUAUAUCGGCGAUGAUGAAACAUGUGUGUAGCUAUUUUUCUUUUUAUGCCAGGGGUAAUAACAUAGCUCUCGUUAGCUGUUUAGAUUUAACAUUUCUUUUAAAAUGAUCUUUCACUCAGAGGCAGAGUCAUUCGGCGCAGAGCCGCUAGGGGAUGCAGCCCCUGCAGAUGCAGACCCUGAAGAUGCUAGAGGCAGGUCGUCAUCUUCAUCGUCUAAGAAGAGAGGUCCUACCCGAGGUUCAGAAUUACAUGAGAGGACUUCAGUGAAAAGGGUCAUUGGGAUUAAUGAAUUUGGGCAACCGAAUAUAGGGGAUGCAAAUCAGAUCGCAUUCAAUUCAAGCAUUGGUGUUCUCACCCGUGCACACAUUCCGAUCACCUACACAGACUUUCGGUUGGUGCCUCCACAAUACAUUCAGAGGGUCAGUGAUAUCCUGGCAUGUAGUUAUGAAUUUCAGGAUAACCAAGAAGCGUGGUCACCAUACAUUCGUGAUCGCUGUAAGGCUGCUUGGAGAAAUUUCAAGAACACUUUGCAUGCAAAGUAUAUUAAGGACAAGGAUCCUGCAGUUGUGAAAUCGUAUCCUGCCCCUAUUGGUGUCCCUCUUGAGGAUUGGAUGAUCUUCGUGGAUUAUUGCAAUACUAAUAAAUUCAAGGAAUCAAGUGUAAGAAAUGCAUCCAAUUGGGCCAAACAAGUUGGCACUUCUACACUUGGUCGGCGUAGCAUGGCUGCCACACGCCAUGAGAUGGCAAUUGAGAGGAAUCUUACUACUGAUGCCGAGGUUGGUAGGGCUGAGGUGUACAUCCGAGCCCAUACAACAAAGGAUAACAAAGUGCAGUUUCUAGAAACCUUUGAAAAAAUAAAAUCAAUUCAAAGUAGUAAUCCCGCAUCUCGGAUGACCAGUGUAGAUGAUGCCCUUACACAGUCAAUUGGGAGUGAUAGUAGAGGGCGCAUGCAGGGGAUAGGUGGAAAUGUAGGCAAGAUUACAUUGAAGAAGACAAUACCUAUUGUACAUAAGCUCGGUGUGGUGUCGCGGGAACGAGAUAAUUUGGUAGAUAAAUUAGAUGAAAUGCAGAAAAGCCUAGGAGAUCUCCACCAGAAGUUUCAAUGCUUUGUAGAUAAGCAAGGGGAACAAGGGGAUGUGGCUCCACCGACAAUUCCUCCAUUUAAAUCUAGUCAUGCAUCGUCGCCUGAUUUGGUAAAUCUUGGCAAGAGAUGCGAUCUCUGUGAUUGGAAGAAACGGGUAAUUGCUCGUGGUGAGGUGCAUGCAGUGGAUCCAAAAACCUGUGUCCAUGGAGCAGAAAUGGACGAUGGAAAUUUUAGUGUUGUCCUGAUGGAGAUUAUAGCUCCGCAAUCAGAGUUAUGGAAGGAAGAUGGUUAUCAUGAUACGCUUGGAGAGGUGUACAGAAAUUACACCUCAAACAGAGUAUCAUCUGCUGUAAGUUACUUCAAGGGAUCUGGUUUUGAGUGUUGCAGGAUCAUCUGCUGAAGUUGCACUAGCUGGUUCUCACCCCAAAGGUUGGUGUAGGUGUCACUUCAGGGGGAGUUAACCAGAUAAGUUUAUAUUUUUCUUUUUGGUUGCAUUUGAGUGUCUAAUUACCUGCUUGCCUUUUUUCUUUUCUUCUUUCUUUCUUUCUUUUAAUUGUAAUUCUCUUUAAAUGUUUUAGAUCAAUAAGGGACGUCCCUGUAUUCAAGGAACGGUUUCAACAUGACAAUGAAGGUAAACUUAACUCUAAAUAUCACCUUUAUAAUCAGAAUUUUUGCUCUUUAUUGUCUGUUUUUGAAUUAUAAUUUUUUAUAUAAUUGACACCUUUUAUCUCGAAAUAUGAUCUAUGAAGUAAGAUAUGAACGCAAUCCUUAUCAAAAUCCACACCUAGGGGAGCGCAAAUAAGAGGAUUGAUCUUAACAGUAUGGUCGUCAUGCACAUAGACAGAAAAUGCUUGCAAAGAAUGUUUAUGAGUACUCGGUAAUUUUGGAGUCCUUCUUGGUUAGGGUUUGGGCUGAAAGUACGAGUGUUGGAGCCGACGCUUUCGGAGU